CUGUGGUGUUGUUGGCCCUGUUGGCCUUCCACACAGAGCCCUCACUGCAGCCGCCCGAAAUGAGACGCGCUCGACACAUUACUGAGAGAAUGAGCAGAAACAAGCCACCAAACUAAUGCUCUCCUGCUGAAGGAACAUCUGUAAGUUGUUUAUGUAGGAUGAAGACCAUCAUCGGGUCUUCCAGCCUACUUAAACCAGCCCAUCUGGCAACAACCCUGCCUCUUUCAAAUUUUGCAGAUCUGGAGUAAGGCCCACAGGAUGACCGGAUUACCCAACCAAACGGACUAAUUUGAAGACGAAUCAAAUAAAGCAAGCGUGCCACCAUGAUGCCAGUUCACUCAGACAAUGCAAGCAAAGAGGCCUUAAAUCAGUCCUUCUGCUUUUCCAUUAACAGACCCCCAUUCGCAGCCAACCAUACCAUUGCCUCGGCCUACUUCCCGGCUGUGUUCUGUGUGCUGGGCCUCAGCUCCAACCUGUUCGCCUUUGUGGUUCUGGUCAAGUCCUUCCUGCGAACACGCAGCCGCUCUCGCUCAUCCUUUCUUCUCUUCCUGUGCGGCCUGGUGGUGACUGACUUCAUGGGCCUGUUGGUCACUGGAGUCAUCGUGGUCUCUUUCCGCGUCACAGGCUUCAGCUGGAUGGACCUGGACCCCCACUGUCACUUCUGCAACUUCAUGGGCAUGUCCAUGGUGUUCUAUGGCCUGUGCCCUCUCCUUUUGGGUGCCACAAUGGCUGUGGAACGAUUUGUAGGCAUCACUCAGCCCUUCGCCCGUUCCACCAACAUGUCAAAGAGCCGAGUGUGCACCACAGUGACCAGCGUGUGGGUGACGGCUGGGUGCAUCAGCCUGUUGCCUGUGCUCGGUCUGGGCAGCUACCACCUCCAGAGCCCGGGUUCAUGGUGCUUCCUGAACAUCAGCCCUAUGCCCCUGGAUAUGGCCUUCUGCCUGGUGUUCUCACUGGUUGGUCUGAUGUCUCUGGCCGUGUCUUUCAUCCUGAACACGGUGAGCGUGGUCACCUUGCUGAAGGUCUGCUGUGGACAGGACUCCACCCAGCGCCGGAGAGACUACGAGGUGGAGAUGAUGGUGCAGCUCAUCCUUAUCAUGAUCAUUGCAUCCGUCUGCUGGUAUCCACUGCUGGUGUUUAUUGCACAGACAGUAUUGUCUGCAUCAAAUCUGCAGGUCCCCACCCUGUUGCUCUACAUUCGCUUUGCCACCUGGAACCAGAUCCUGGAUCCCUGGGUCUACAUCCUCUUCCGUCGUUCCAUACUGAAGCGGGUCUAUCCUCGCAUGGACUGGUCUCGUGGCUCCAUCAUCAGCCUCUACCCAUCUUUAGGCACCUCUAUCAAUCUCACUCGUUCCUCUAUAGGGCACCCUCGCAGUCUCAGUCAACAAAUCUCAGAAGAACCAAAGCAGGAAGAUGCUUUACUAUCAACGCGGAGAGUCUCUCCUCCUUCCUGAUCAACACUCAGGACCUUCGGUUUAACACUUCAGGAGUCAUUUAUGUUUAUGUAAAGUCUAUUUUGGUAAAAUUCCCCCGAAAUUUAAUAACAUUAUUUUUAAAAAGGUUAGUUCUUCUUUGGCUGAAAAAGACAAAGAAUUUGGGUCACAUUUGUUAACGUUCCCUUUUCCAGCAGAGACUUUUAAUUUAGUUCCAUUUAAUUUUAUUUGGAUAGGACUUUUAACAAUAGACAUUGUCACAGAGCAGCUUUACAGAAAUUCACAUGUAGAUCCAGAUCCUUGGCAAGGACAUAAUCCCUGAGAUGACAUGAGAAAGAAAGCUUGAGAGAGAACCCAGUCUUUCUCAGUGCUUCUACAGAAAAGUGAUUUGUGAUCUACCUGUGACAAAUGCGAGCUAGUUUCCUAACAGUUAACUAGCCAGCUAGCUAGGUUAGCCAAUGUUAGUGAUGAAGAACAAAGAACUGUUUGUUGCCAUGAGUAUAUUUCGACAGGUUUGGCUGUUAAAUAUAUCGGUGUGAAAAUGGAGAAAUCAAAACUCGAUACUGAAACAUCACUCAUGUCAAUCUGUGAUAAAUGCGAGCUAGUUUUCUGCUAGCUAACACAGCUAAUGUUGGUGACAGUCUGCUGGAAACAGCAGAAGGACAUUAGGCAGGAUUCUAAUUCGCAUAUUUGUGUAUAGUCAUAGUUUCUGGCAUUUCAAAUGAGACUACAGAUAUAGAGAUGUUCCUAGGCUAAUUUAGUAUAAUAUUUAAUGGUUUAAAAAGCUAAAGUGAUGGCAAAAAAGGAUGUCGUAAGAUACACUACCUGGCCAAAAAAAAAAGUCGCACAAUCUAAUAUUUUGUUGCCCUGCAUUUAGCUUUGAUUACAGCACGCAUUCGUCCUGGCAUUGUUUCAACAACCUUAUGCAACUGCACAACAUUUAUUUCCAUCCAGAGUUGCAUUAAUUUUUGAGAUCUUGCAUUGAGGACAGGAGAGUCUAACCACUCCGUAAAGUCUUCUCCAGCACAUCCCAAAGACUUUCAGGUCAGGACUCUGUGGUGGCCAAUUCAUGUGUGAAAAUGAUUCCUCAUGCUCCCUGAACGACUCUUUCACAAGUUAAGCCUGAUGAAUCUUAGCAUUUUCAUCCUGGAAUGUGCCUGUGCCAUCAGGGAAGAAAAAGUCCAUUGACGGGAUAACCUGGUCAUUCAGUACAUUCAGGUGCUCAGCUGACUUCAUUUUAUUGCCACGAAUGAGGCUGAGCCUCGACCUGACCAGCUGAUGCAACCCCAGAUCAUAACACUACCUCCAGAGGCUUGUACAGUAGGCACUAUGCAUGACGGGUGAAUCACUUCAUGCAUUUCCCUUCUUACCCUGACACGCCCAUUGCUUUGGAAUAGAGUAAAUCUGAUUUUAUCAGACCACAUGACCUUUUUCCAUUGCUCCACAGUCCAGUCUUUAUGCUCCAGAGCAAAUUGAAGUCAUUUUUUCCGAUUAGCCUCACUAACAAAUGGCUUUCUUGUGGCCACACAGCUGUUUAGUCCCAAUCCUGUAAGUUCUCAUCACAUUGUGUGUGUGGAAAUGCUCUUACUUUCACUAUUAAACAUAGCCGUGAGUUCUCCUGUCGAUUUUUUUACGAUGUGACUUCACCAAGCGUUUUAAAGAUCUCUGAUCACGAUCAUUCAAGAUUUUUUCUGACUACAUUUCUGCUGUAAAGCUGACGGUUCACCACUAUCCUUCCAGGCUUUAAUAAUGCACUGGACAUUUCAGAACCCAGUUCCAGUGAUUUCAGCAAGCUCCUUAGUUUUCUUUGCUUGAUGCAGGCCAACAAUUUUCCCCUUCAGUAACAUCUUUUCCAUGACCACAGGAUAUGUAAUCUGCCAUGGUUGUUUAAGAAAUGAGAAGCUACACACUGCAUCAGUUAAGGUUAAAAGAACUGUUGCCAGCUGAAACAUAUUAAUCACUGCAGUAGUGAUCCAAUCAUAGACUCUUCAGUAUUUGCUUAUUUAAACCCAAACAGUGACCUUUUUUUUGGCCAGGCAGUGUAUGAUCCUGAUAAAAUGCAUGUGUUAUAGUGUUUAUCAUGAAACAGCCUCUUCUAGUGCACUCUUAAACACAAACACCCAAGAGGACAGAACCUGGAAAAGCCAUUUUUGAAUAGCUUUAUUUUAUUUUAAACUAUUCAUCUGGGAGUACUUACAUUCUUUCCAGUUGUAAUUUUAUUUCCAAGUAAUCAAAAAUAAAACUGUGAGAAAAAGCAAUCAAAAAAUUAUUGGGAAAUUGAAAGCACAAAAUGGAAAGAGCAAAAAUUGGGCACAAAAUGUCAAAGGGUAAAUUGAACAUAUUUAAUCCCAUCUGGAUAGACAUAUGUUUUACAAGCAGAUAAGGAAAAAAAAAACAUCUCCCAGAAACUCCAUUUCCCAGAACCUCCUGAAGUCUCCUGAACCAUCCAU